UGGGCAGAUACCAAAGCCUGUAUCGAUAUCGGUAUCGGGACCUAAAAAGUAGGAUCGGUGCAUCCCUAAUUGUGAUGAGUCAAAGUAUCUCCUAGGGCAUGGAUACCUGUGAUUACCAAAUACCUCCCAAGGUGACCUGUCAAUCAUGAUCUUGAAAAACAAUGUGUAUCCACUCUAUUGCCUAAAAGUAGUCGCUGUUAUGUUACAUUGAUGUUCACAAAAAGUAUUCAUAUUUUAUGUUAAUCAAAAACUCAAGUUUCGAGCAGAUUUCUAAACAUUACCAGGUAAAGUGAAAACUUGAGUCUUUGAAUCAGAGUCUGAGAGCAAAACUAUCUUUUUAACAACUACUGACGUAUUACUAAAAAGAUCUCCUGCACGUUCUUUUCUAUGCCUGCAGAUGUGAUAUAUGUAAAAGAACAUCACCUUUGAUAUGGAGUCAUCUUAAACCAGAUGUUAUGUGUCAUUUUGUGACAAGGUAUUUUAGAACUCUUCUGUUUGUUUUGGCACGCUCAGUCUGCUGAUAAUAAACUGCCCUGCCCACACUAUUAAUAAUAGACCAGACAGAUGUUUCUCCAUUGUGUUUGAACAGCGUGUCGACAGAUUAUAAUGGAUAGGAUUUAUGAUCUGUGGCAAUCUGGCCUGCAGACUGAUAAGCUAAGAAUAGACUUGGUCAGUCUCCGUGUGACAGACGCACAGGAGAUUCAGAUAGACAGCAAACUCAAUCAACACGAGCAUUACUACAUGUCACGUCUUUGUCAUUAUUUCAUUAUGGAACUGAUGCCAAGUGAGCUAAAAAUCUCCAUUCCCCUUAAAUGAAUAAUUAGAUUCUUCAUUGAUUAGUUUAAGAGACUAUUUUCUUUCAAACACUUUCACAACAUUUGGUAUAUGAUCAACAAAUUCAGCUUGCCUCUGAUUUUAGUUCAACACAUCAGGGGUCAGCUUAGAAAAAUGGCAGUGAGAAGGCUUGUUAUUUAUCUUUGCUCAUCGUUAUUGUUAUGCACCAUGGGCAAUGCUUAAAUCACUUCAUGAGUUUCUGCUGCUGCUACAUGAGCAUAUAUUUGGCAUAUGACGAUUGUGAAUAAGUCCAUAUCAACAACACAAUCUCAGUAUAAUGCAUGCUCAUCUUGUUCACUUUUUGUUACUACAGUGCUCUCAAAUACAGUGGUUUUGCAAAAUCUAUGUACUGUACAUAGCUUAAAGUGGGGAAAACAUAUGACCUGUUUAGUUUGAAGCCUCCUAUGUUUUCCUCUCCACCUCCUCUCCGUGCAUGCUAUGGUUCACGUAGCAGUGGGCUCUGGAGGGUCACAUGACAUAAAGUGUUACUCAGUGACCAUGAGACUGGACAUGAUGAUAGUGUGGGAGCCAGAGAUCUACAGAGCUCUGAUUUGAACCAGGGACAUAUCUAAAGAUCGGCUCCAUGAAAAGCUUCCAGUUUUAUUCACGUCUCCUAUUUUAAAGCAGUUUUAAUGAUGGUGCUGUCAGUGGCUGUUAUUUCUUAAUCACUUGCAGUAAAACUGUUAAAUUUAGUGCUUGCAGCAGCUAAACUGAGAGCUUGUGAGAACAAUGCUGCUACAGUAAUAAAUUAGUAUAAAAGAAAUCAAACUGAAUCAAUGAAGAUAAACAGAGAACCAGUCAUGGGAUUUGCAGUUCACUUGUGUAGACCAAACCAACAUUUCAUGGUGACUUUAAAAGGCAUGUUAAAGACAAGUUUAUCAGGAACAAAGUUCACCCACCAGAAAGUCCUGAUAAGCCUAUAUUCAACAAUUAAAUGUAUGUCAUUACCUACAGUUAUAUUAAAUACAAUGUAGGCUACUUUGGUAUCCCUGAGGGUCAUUUGCCUUGGACAAUAGUGCCAGGAAAAUACCAGUUUGUUCAACUUUGUGCAACAUGAAGCAAACCACACACAAGACUACAACUAUAGAAACACUGUAGCAAAUACAAUAUAAGAAAUACAUACAUAAGUUCCUUUAAUUUGCACAAUAAUGUAAAACCUAAUAAAACAGCAUGAGAGGCUAAAAGCUAAACGGACAUAAUACAAUAACAUCAUACAUCAUACUGCACAUCAGCAGCAAUCAGGUUUAGCUGGUUGUUUGUUUAUUAGUGUAAUUAUUAAAGUUGUAUAUUGAAUUAGCUUUGCAUGAAAAACAGCCAUUGUAGCCAUAAUGCUAUCUAAAGUAUCCUAAUGUAAGCUCACAUUAGCAACUACAAGUCAGGCUCUGCUUUUCUGAAUGAACAUGAUAACCGGCUUUACGUCCACUGCCAAGCCCUGUGUAGCUGCUGGAGUUAAUGGUAUCACAAUAUAAUCAUCUAUGUUACUAAAUGACAUGAGUUUCUCCCAAUUGUUCAAACCCAAACCUAAAUAAGUUGAGAUUGAACUAAACAUUAGGGGCAUGUUUGCUUUCUCAAGUGUCCUGAAUGAGAGCUUUUCUUCCAAUUUCAAGGGAACCAUGUUGUUAGCAGAGAUUUAUUACAUUCUCAGGUGAAUGCAAUACACUUCCAUAUAUAAUGAUACUAAGUACUAGAAGUUUUAUUUUAUUAUGUAAGGUGAAGUGCGUUGUUUCUACUUUCAGAUGUGUUUUUAGCUCUCAUACGGUUAAGAAAUUCAAAAAAAGGCUUGCUUGCUAGCUUGCUUGCUAGCUAGGUUUAUUGGCUGCUGCUGUGGCUACACAUCUGAACCAUUUUUCUCCCUCCAUAAAACUUGUAAAGUUGCUUUUAAGGAUAAUAAGCUACAUGUUGCUGACAUUCUUGAUAGCUUGGAGUUUAAUUUCAUUUAAGAACUUGAGCAUUCUGUUGUGGCUUGUGUAACAGUAGCCUUUAAAUUGCAAUAGGCAGUAAUGAAAAGAGUAAAAGCUAACGUUAGUUGAGAAUAAUGUCAGAGGGAAAUGGUACCAUUUGAAUAUGAGUUUUAAGAAGUGCUUUGGUAUGUUUUAAGAUGGUAAACAGGGUAAUUUGGAUCAGCCUCCAGCAGGUGUAAACCCUGUAAACCUUGUAGGUGGUGGCUUACAAGAACUAUUUGAAUGGCAGCUUCAAGCGCCCUUGACAUUCUGAAAGGGGGCGUUGUCCGGCUGCAUGCAGGGGUAUAAAUAAGCAGCUACACCUCUGCUCGUCCCCCGUUCUCACUUCUCCCACAGAGGAAAAGCAGACUGAGGUGCCUUCACACAAGUGAGGAUUAGUCCAAAUCAGACAAAAUGGUGAAGAUUGGAAUCAAUGGAUUCGGGCGUAUCGGCCGUCUGGUGACCCGUGCCGCUGUCUUAGGAGGCAAAUUGGAGGUGACAGCCAUCAACGACCCCUUCAUCGAUCUGGACUACAUGGUCUACAUGUUCAAGUAUGACUCAACUCACGGAGUGUGGAAGCAUGGAGAGGUGAAGGCCGAGGGCGGCAAGCUGGUUAUUGGAAACAUGCACAUCAUGGUCUUCCACGAGAGAGACCCCGCCAACAUCAAAUGGAGCGAUGCUGGCGCCGACUACGUCGUGGAGUCCACUGGUGUGUUCACCACCAUCGAGAAGGCCUCUGCUCACCUGAAGGGUGGAGCCAAGAGGGUGGUGAUCUCCGCUCCUAGCGCUGAUGCCCCCAUGUUCGUCAUGGGCGUCAACCACGAGAAGUACGACAACUCCAUGAAGGUUGUCAGCAAUGCUUCCUGCACAACCAACUGCCUGGCUCCCCUCGCCAAGGUCAUCAACGACAACUUUGUCAUCGUUGAGGGUCUCAUGAGCACAGUCCACGCCAUCACCGCCACACAGAAGACCGUUGAUGGUCCCUCUGGUAAGCUGUGGAGAGAUGGACGUGGAGCCUCCCAGAACAUCAUCCCCGCCUCUACCGGAGCCGCCAAGGCUGUGGGCAAGGUCGUUCCUGAGCUGAACGGAAAAAUCACCGGUAUGGCUUUCCGUGUCCCCACCCCCAACGUCUCCGUUGUUGAUCUGACUGUCCGUCUGGAGAAGCCUGCCAAGUACGAGGACAUCAAGAAGGUUGUCAAGGCCGCUGCUGAGGGACCCAUGAAGGGAAUUCUGGGAUACACAGAGGACCAGGUUGUGUCCACAGACUUCAACAGCGACACUCGCUCCUCCAUCUUUGACGCCGGCGCUGGCAUCGCUCUCAACGACCACUUCGUCAAGCUGGUUUCAUGGUAUGACAAUGAGUUCGGCUACAGCCACCGCGUGUGCGACCUGGUCGUGCACAUGUUCACCAAGGAGUAAAGUCCUCUGACGACUCAUCCUUUCUUCCCAUGAUUCCCUCCUCCAUCACCUGUAACUGGAUGCCGCGCCAUCCGUCCUCGGGAGCAAGCUCUUCUUUGACAAACGUCUAGCUGAUGAUAAAAACCUUUUUUAUGGUAAAGCCACCUCUGAUCUGUUGGCCAGUGAGGUCUGCAGAAGGCAGCGUGUUGUGUAGAGGUGAUAGGUAUUGUACUGAAUGGUCUUGUUGCACUGAUCAUGCACACGGGCUCCUUUGCACUUAACAUGAUAAUAAAGCCCUCAGAUUGUGAAA